CGGGGCCGCCGAAGCUGCGGAACGUGGGCUCGCGCCCCGCCUUUGUCUCCCGGGCGCGAGCCGGAGCCGCCGCAGCCCCGCGCCCGCCGCUCGCUGCCGGAGCCGCUUUGUGCCGCGGCGCGGGGGACGGGGCGCGGGGCGCGGGGCUCGAGCCGGGGACGCAGCCUUAACAUGGACGUGACGGUCUCGGAGCUCAUGGAGCUCUUUCUGCAGAGCCCGCUGGUGACCUGGGUGAAAACUUUCGGUUCAUUCGGAAAUGGCAGCCAGGACAGCCUCACCAUGUACAUGGAUUUAGCCGACGGCAUCUUUUUGAACCAAAUCAUGCUGCAAAUAGACCCCAGGCCAACCAAUCAGCGCAUCAACAAGCAUGUCAACAAUGACGUGAACCUUCGCAUCCAGAACUUGACCAUCCUAGUGAGAAACAUUAAGACCUACUACCAGGAGGUUCUCCAGCAGCUGAUCGUAAUGAAUUUGCCCAAUGUUUUGAUGAUCGGCAAAGACCCGCUGUCUGGGAAGAGUAUGGAGGAAAUCAAGAAGGUUCUGCUGCUGGUUCUGGGCUGUGCCGUCCAGUGUGAGAGGAAAGAGGAGUUCAUUGAAAGAAUCAAGCAGCUGGACAUUGAGACCCAAGCUGGGAUCGUGGCCCACAUACAGGAGGUGACCCACAACCAGGAGAAUGUGUUUGACCUGCAGUGGCUGGAGCUCCCGGACGUGGCCCCCGAGGAGCUGGAGGCUCUCUCCAGGAACAUGGUGUUUCACCUCAGGAGGCUCUUGGAUGAGCGGGAUGAGUGCACGGAGCUGAUCGUGGACCUCACUCAGGAGCGGGACUACCUGCAGGCACAGCACCCGCCCAGCCCCCUCAAGUCCUCCAGUGCCGAGUCCACGCCCAGCCCGACCAGCAGCCUCUCCAGCGAGGACAAGCAGCACUUGGCCGUGGAGCUGGCAGACACCAAGGCCAGGCUGCGCCGCAUCAGGCAGGAGCUGGAGGAGAAGACAGAACAGCUUGUGGACACCAGGCAUGAGGUGGAUCAGCUGGCGCUGGAGCUGCAGAAAGUCAAGCAGGAGAACGUCCAGCUGGCGGCUGAUGCUCGGUCUGCCCGGGCCUAUCGUGACGAGGUGGACUCCCUGAGGGAGAGGGCCAGCCGUGUAGAGCGGCUGGAGAUGGAGCUGGUGCGCUGCAAGGAGAAGCUGCACGACGUGGACUUCUACAAGGCCCGCAUGGAGGAGCUGAGAGAGGAUAAUAUAAUUUUAAUUGAAACCAAGGCCAUGCUGGAGGAGCAGCUGACUGCAGCCCGGGCACGGGGCGAUAAAGUUCACGAGCUGGAGAAGGAGAACCUGCAGCUGAAAUCUAAGCUUCACGACCUGGAAUUGGACCGGGACACAGACAAGAAGCGCAUUGAGGAGCUGCUGGAGGAAAACAUGGUUCUUGAAAUUGCACAGAAGCAGAGCAUGAAUGAAUCUGCCCACCUCGGCUGGGAGCUGGAGCAGCUGUCUAAGAAUGCAGACCUGUCAGACGCCUCCAGGAAGUCGUUUGUGUUUGAGCUGAAUGAAUGUGCCUCCAGCCGCAUCCUGAAGCUGGAGAAGGAGAACCAGAGCCUGCAGAGCACCAUCCAGGGGCUGCGGGACGCGUCCCUGGCCCUGGAGGAGAGCAGCCUGAAGCGAGGGGAGCUGGAGAAGGAGAACCAGCAGCUCAGCAAGAAGAUUGAAAAGUUACAGACCCAGCUGGAGAGAGAAAAGCAGAGCAACCAAGAUUUGGAGACCCUCAGUGAGGAGCUGAUCAAAGAGAAAGAGCAGCUGCAGGGUGACAUGGAGACCCUGAAGGCUGACAGAGCCAGGCAGAUCAAGGACCUUGAGCAAGAAAAGGAUCAUCUCAACCAAGCGGUGUGGUCACUGCGGGAGAGGUCACAGGUCAGCAGUGAGGCCCGCGUGAAAGAUGUCGAGAAGGAGAACAAAGUCCUCCACCAGACAGUGACAGAGACCAGCAGCAAGCUCAGCAAGCUGGAGUUCGAGAAACAGCAGCUGCACAGGGACCUGGAGCAGGUGAAGGAGAAGGUGGAGCGGGCAGAGGAGCUGGAGAAAGAGCUGCACCGGCUGCAGAAGGAGAAUGAGAAGCUGGCCACGAAGGUGACCUCCCUGAAGGUGGCCAGCGAGCAGGUCGACAGCCUGGAGUGCGAGAGGCAGAGCCUGGCUCUGGAGAACCGGAAGCUGCAGAAGUCUCUGGACACCCUGCAGAACGUGUCUGUGCAGCUCGAGGGGCUGGAGCGGGACAACAAGCAGCUGGAUGAGGAGAACCUGGAGCUGCGCAGGAUGGUGGAGGCCAUGCGCUUCACCAGUGCCAAGUUGGCUCAGAUCGAGCAGGAGAACCGGGAGCUUGAGCAGGAGAAGGAGCAGCUGCGGAAAAACGUGGAGCUGCUGAAGGCCCUGGGCAAGAAGUCAGAGCGCCUGGAGCUCAGCUACCAGACCAUGAGUGCGGACAACCUCCGGCUGCAGCAGACGCUGGAGAGCAGCGGCCAGAGGUCGCAGGCCCUUGAGCGAGAGCUCGGGGAGCUGGAGGCGGAGAACCAGGCCCUGCAGCGGGACCUGGAGGCCCUCCGGCUCUCCAACAAGCAGCUGGAGCGGUCGGAGAAGGACCGAAAGGCCCUGGAGCAGGAGGUGGCCCAGCUAGAGAAAGACAAGAAGCUGCUGGAGAAGGAGGCAAAGCGGCUGUGGCAGCAGGUGGAGCUCAAGGACGCGGUGCUGGACGACAGCACGGCCAAGCUGUCCGCUGCCGAGAAGGAGAGCCGCGCUCUGGACAGAGAGCUGGCCCGCUGCAGGGACGCAGCCAGCAAGCUGAAGGAGCUGGAGAAGGACAACCGGGACCUCACCAAGCAGGUCACCGUGCACACGAGGACACUGACGACUCUGCGAGAGGACCUGGUGAUGGAGAAGCUGAAGAGCCAGCAGCUGACCAGUGAGCUGGACAAACUAAGUCAAAGCCUGGAAAAGGUCGGCCUCCACAAGGAGCUGCUGCUGCUGCAGGAUGACAACAGCCACGGCGACACAAAGUACAAGAUUUUGGAGGAUAGAAAUGAAUCAGAAUUAAAAACAACACUAGCCAUGAAAGAAGAAAAGAUCGUGUUCUUGGAAGCACAGGUGGAAGAGAAAGCCAGCCUGAACUACCAGUUACAGAACGAGCUCCAUGUGCUGAAGAUGGAGUAUGAGAUCCUCAGAAAGAGCCAAGAAGAGGGGAAGCCCCUACAGAACUCCUUCAAACACCCUGUGGGGACGCUGGUUGCUGGUCCCCAAGGGAAGGAGCCCUGGGGACCCAGCCACAAGGAGGCCACGAUGGAGCUGCUCCGCCUGAAGGACCGGGCCAUCGAGCUGGAACGGAACAACGCAGCUCUGCAGGCCGAGAAGCAGCUGCUCAAGGAACAGCUGCAGCACUUGGAGACCCAGAACGUGGCCUUCAGCAGCCAGAUCCUGACGCUGCAGCAGCAGAGUGCCUUCCUGCAGGAGCACAACACCACGCUGCAGACGCAGACGGCCAAGCUGCAGGUGGAGAACUCCACGCUGAGCUCCCAGAGCGCCGCGCUCACCGCACAGUACACGCUGCUCCAGAACCAGCAGGCGGCCAAGGACAGCGAGAACGAGAGCCUACAGAAGCAGCGCGAGCAGCUGGCGGCGGCCUACGAGGCCCUGCUGCAGGACCACGAGCGCCUGGGCGCGCUCCACGAGCGGCAGUCCUCCGAGUACGAGGCCCUCAUCCGCCAGCACAGCUGCCUGAAAGCGCUGCAUCGCACGCUGGAGCUGGAGCACAAGGAGCUCGGAGAGAGGCACGAAGGGGUGCUGAGGCACAAGGCGGAGCUGGAGGAGCUGGAGAAGGGGUUGAACUCCGAGAGGGAGGCCCUGCAGCAUGAGCAGAGGAGCAAUGCCAUCGCCGUGGACGAGAACCAGAGGCUGCGGGGAGAGCUGGACAGGGUCAAUUUCCUGCACCACCAACUGAAGGGGGAGUAUGAGGAGCUGCACACUCACACCAAGGAGCUGAAGACCUCGCUGAACACCUCACAGCUGGAGCUGAACCGCUGGCAGGCCCGGUGUGACGAGCUGAAGGCGCAGCACCAGAGCAUGGACAUCUCGCUGACCAAGCUGGACAAUCACUGUGAGCUGCUCUCUCGGCUCAAGGGGAACUUGGAGGAAGAAAAUCAUCAUCUUUUGAGCCAGAUCCAGCUGUUGAGCCAGCAGAACCAGAUGCUUCUAGAGCAGAACAUGGAGAAUAAGGAGCAGUACCAUGAGGAGCAGAAACAGUACAUAGAUAAAUUAAAUGCCUUACGGAGACAUAAGGAAAAACUGGAAGAAAAAAUUAUGGAUCAGUACAAGUUCUAUGAUCCUGCUCCAAAGAAGAAAAACCACUGGAUUGGAGCCAAAGCCUUAGUCAAACUCAUCAAACCAAAGAAAGAGGGUUCCAGAGACCGACUGAAGUCAAGCACAGACAGCCCUCCUUGGCAGCUGGAGUCCCCAGACCCGGGCUCGCCAUCUGCCCAGACUCUCAGAUCCCAGCCAGAGAACCCUGAAACCACCCCGUCUGGCUCAAACUGUGCAGUAGAGCACGAUGCCCACAGCGGGCCCAUGGGCAAAGGCUCCGGGAACCUAAAACCAAAGCAAGGGUCCCCACACAGAGGCAGCCCUGACCACACAGAUGCCUCUGCUGAUCCAGCUGUGAAGCCCUGGCCUUCGGAGCUGGGCUCCCGGACCUGCUCCACCUCAGCCAUCACUACAGACCCUUCCAGCUCCACCCCUGCCUCCCGGCACCCAGGCCGCCCUACAGGCUCUAAUUCAGAUGACAGCCUCUGCGAGCCGUCCCUGGAGCUCGAGUGCACCAACCACAGGCAGCGUGUGUCCCGGCCAGGCAGCUUAGAUAGCAGUAGAAAUGCGUCCAGCGACAGCUCCCCUCUUAACCUCAAAGGUUCCUCCGACCGGCUCCACGGCAGGUCCGAGAGCUUAAGCAGCGAAGACCUGAUCCCCAGCCGGGACACGGCCACUCUGCCGAGGGACGCCAGCACCCCAGGACGCACUGCCCUCGGCCGCCAUGAGUAUCCCCCGCCCCGGAAUGGGCCUCUCCCCGAGGAGGGCAUUCAGAAGCGGGCCCUGGCCCAGCCCCAUGCUGGGACACGGCCCUGCUCCGCCUCCCCGAGCAGCGAGAUGGUCACCCUGGAGGAGUUCCUGGAGGAGAGUGGCCGGAGCCCCUGCAGCCCUGAUGCUCCUAGUUGCCGGGAUGACCUGCUGAGUGACUACUUCAGAAAGGCCAGUGAUCCCCCGGCCGUUGGAGGCCAGCCGGGACCACCCACCAGGAAGGAAGGGGCCAAGAUGCCCACCAGCUCCGUGGCCCCUACUGUCCAGGUGGCCGUCAACACCCCCGAGGGGAAGCUGCUGAAGCCCGGACAGUACGUGAGGCCAAACUUCAGACCUGCCGAGGCCGAGGCCGCCCGCAGUAGGUCCCCGAGGCAGGUCCAGCCUCCCCAGAGCCUGUCUCUGGGCAGACCCCGGCAGGCCACGACGGCCCCACUGCCCCACACAGCUGCUGGCCGGAGCACAUCCCUGAGCAGGGCCUUCAGCCUGGCCUCGGCUGAUCUUCUCCGGGCCAGUGGGCCAGAGGCCUGUAAACAGGAGUCCCCUCAGAAGCCAGGGGGCCCUGAGGCCUCAGGGGGCAGAGCAACAGGCAGUCACACCCUGCAAAACCCCAUGCCCCCCGGCUCCCACAGCUCGGCGCGGGAGUGGACCCCACCCGGGGGAAAGGCUGGCGGCUCCUGUCAGGGCCCCGCCCCCCGCAGCCGGCCCCUGGAUGUGCGGCGCAUCUCCCUGGCUCUUGCGAAGGACGAGAGGCCGGCCCCCCUGCGGCCGUCCACCCUGGCCCCGGCCGCUGGAGGCAGCAGUGGUCGCAAUAGCCCCCAGCACUCCUUGCCAGCCGCCGCUCCAGCCGCCAGGACUAAGCCCCAAACACCCACACCCCCGGGGGACAGGGCCACCAUCACCCCUCUUCGGGCAGGGCCCAGCCUCUCAGAGGGUGACGGGGUCCCAGGGCAGGGCCACAGUGAGGGGAGAUCUCCUGACUCAGCUUCCCGUGCCAGCCGGGCCCCCGAGGACUUCAGUCAUGGGAGCAGCUUGAGGAGCACGCCCGCCUCCCCGGAGCCCGCUGGGGACCAGCAGACGGUGUGGUACGAGUACGGCUGCGUGUGACUUGUCUCCUGGACCAGCAGCCCUGGGACCUUAAAACUGCUGGUCCCCUCCUAGUGAUGAUGACCUCCUCUCCUGUCGGCCUGUGGUGCCAGGGAGGGGUUAGAACAGGGACAAGGGUUCCUGCCUAUUUCUCCUGUUGGGUUAAUGAAAACACUGUGCCAAGCCCAAGGAGGGUACACUCCCAGGUGUGUGACAUGUCUUCCUUAUCUGUAGCCUCCAGCAACUGGUAUCUUUUGAACAAAUCCACUUGAGCAUGGGGACAGUCAUAAUUGCCUUGACAGCACCGACUUACCCCCAAGCAGGCACUAUUUGAGCGUGCCCCCAUAGAACACUCAUUUGCAACUUGUUGACCUCCAUUAAAGCCUGUAUGUACGCACAUGUGCAAACACACGUGCUUAUACAACCGAGCCCUAGGGGCUCUGGAAACACCACUCCCUCUCCAAAAGCCAUUGGAUCCUAGGAGAAGCCCCAGACUAGACUGGCCAGACUACAAAGAUCUUGAGGGCCUUGGAUAAACCCCAGUGUCAGGCUUGCUGUCGAAAUCAGGCAGCCUGCUGGGCGGUUCCUGGGGUCCCAAGCGCUUCCCUUUACCCCUGGGCUCUGCACUGCAGGCUUUGGGGAGGGAGGAGGGCACAUGGAAACCUGCCUUCCUUGGCUCACUUUUCUACAAACACUGGAUCUGCUGGGUCUGGGCAGCGGGGCAGAGGGAAGCCCCGCCCCCUCCUGGCACGUGUACAUAGUGUACAGAGGGGAAGGAAGUGCGGGCAGGGGUGCGUGCUGCCUGCCUGAGUCGUGAUGUGGCUGCAGAAUCCCACCUUCCCGUCUCAGAGGAGAUGUUGAUUUAUUUCGGAAUAACUUCUUGUGGUAGAAACCAAAUUUCUUUUAAUAUAUUGCAUAUAUGUACACACUCGUGAAAUAUAUGUACUUUGAGGGGAUCUAUUUAUGUUCUUUUGGAAGUCAUCCUUUUCUUUCUGGAAUCUUACCUGCUGCUCUGUGUAUUUGGUCAGAUUCCUGACACAUUUUGUUUCCUGUUUAGUAAAGGUGCUCUUCUGAGAUGUC